AUGAAACACUUCUUCGCGCUGCCGGCCCUGCUGCGAUGCUCAGCUCUCCUGAGGCUGGCAGCGGCGUCGCAACACACCUUCAGUGUCCAGGAUGACAUGCUGGCGUUCCCUCAGUAUGAGGUGAAAUUUGUGGAUGAUUGGACAUCAGAAGAAGAGGCGCACUCGAAGUUGCUGAGCAACGAGAAGCUGCAUCUACAGCACCAGAACGAUGGCGACGGGUUGCGAGAUGCGCCGCCUUCACAGGUCGAACAAUACAAACGGCAGCGUGGAUCUGCGGGGACUGGCGACAAGCAGGGAGACGAUCAAGCAGACUAUGAGCAUAUGGUAUUAGACGGUCAGCCGUGGCUGUGUCGCAUACCGAAGGUCAAGAAGCCGGAAGACACAGUGGGAGUGAACGACACGCUCACCAAAGCGGAGGAAGAGCGAGAACUGGCGCGGGCGACAGAUCGCGGAUGGGAGCUGCUCUCGGGCAUGCAGGGCAAUUGCGUCUUCUUCAUCAGUGGGUGGUGGAGCUACCAAUUCUGCUAUAAUCAACAUGUGAGACAAUUCCACCAGCUGCCGCCGGGUAGAAGUGUGCCGGUCUACCCACCUCUGGAAGAUCCAGGCGUGCCAGGCUUCACCUUGGGAACGUACGAGAAGAGAUUCGAGGACGACGAUGCUGCAAAAGGCGAGGCUUGGGAUGGCGAGGGAGCGUUGCAGAUGAGUGAUGGCUCGAAGCGGAAACGGAGCGGGCACGGCGAGCUUGUGCAGCGGGGAGAGAGCAGGUACUUGGUUCAGAGGCUGGGUGGAGGCACAGUCUGCGAUCUGACCGGAAAGGAGAGGAAGGUCGAGGUCCAGGUGAGCGGACACAAUCAUGUCUCGUUCUUCAUGAAAGCAUACUGACACUGUCGAAGUUUCACUGCAACCAGCAGACUGCCGAUCGCAUAUCCCUGAUCAAGGAGACCAGCACAUGUGCCUAUCUCAUGGUCAUUCAGACGCCGCGGCUCUGCUCUGACGUGGCAUUCCUUCCACCUCAGAAGGAUCAGCCUAAUGGUAUUGAAUGCUCACCGGUUCUUCGCGAGGACGAAGUGGAGGAAUAUGAGCGCGAUCUCAGUGCCGUAAAAGCGGCUGAACGCGAGGCCAACAUCUGGGAAGCAACAGCCGAGGCAGCCGCCGCACUGGGUGCUGGCCCAGCUCUUGAGCCUCUGGACCUGCCCGUCGGGGACAUCUACAUUGGCGAGCAUCGACUCGUGCCGGAGGGUAAGAAGAUUGAAAAAUCCGCCAUUGUGGGCGGAGGCAAGGAAACAUACAUCGAUACAGUUGCCACCUCUGACGGAAAGGCUCUGAGCAAAGCGGAUCUUGAGAAACUCGGAGUCAGUGACACCAAACCCAUCGAGAAGCUCAAGAAAGAGCUCGAGAAGAUUGCUCAAGGACAGGCUUGGAAACUGGAUGUCAUCGACACGCCGCGCGGCCGAGAGUACCGAGGCAUCAUUGGCGAUGAUGAGGAAGAGGAAGAAGAAGAAGAUGGGGCUCAGGAAGACAGCAAGCUGAAGAAAGAGAGCAAGAGAGAGACUACCAAGGAAGGUAAGACGGACGAGAACAAAGCUGCAAAAGAGCAGAAGAACGAAGGCAGCGAGGAGGAAUACUACAAGGAAGAACUAUAG